AUGAAUGUACAAAAGGAACAGUUGAAACAACAAAUUACUGACAGUGAACGAAAUCUGAAAGCCCACCUUGAUUCUAUCCCGGCGAUGAAAGAAGCACAAGUUGCGCAAGCAGUGGUUUUAUCAGAGUCACAGAAGAUGUCACAGAUUUUGGCAAAUGUAAACUUCAAUGUGGCUCCAUUGGGGGCAAUACUGGACCAGCUCAAUUCCGGAAAAUGCUCCAAAGAUCUUGUUUCGGCUAGCCGCAAGUGGAUAUUUGAAAACUGUCAAACCGAUCAAUUACGUGAGGUUGUCCUCACAUAUUUGCUGAGCAGGGUAAAAGACUCCCAUGCCAGCGACAAUUUUCGUCUCAAUAUUCUCUACGUUAUAAAUGACUGGGCUUAUCAAUGUUUGUUUUGGUCCCUAACUCUGGAACAGAAAAUAACUCUUGUUCGAGUCAUAUCGGGCUGCAUUAAAUUUCAGCAACUACGAAAUCCUGGUCAGAUAUUCAGCUCUGCCAAAGCUGUUCAGGCAGCUGAAUAUGCGAAAUUAGCGGCGGACAUUGAAGUAAAUCUGCAAGCAAUGUACUCUGGAUAUGAGCAACAGCAUAAGAACUAUGUACAGCACAUCAUGCAACAAAUAGCUCAGAUCGAUAUGCAGAUAGAAGCCGAAAAGGAUCGAGCUCGAGGUUUGUGA